AAAGCGACAAGCAGCUGAGCUGACCUGAGUGCUGAGCUGAGUUCAAUUUUGUAAUUUUGAUUUGUUCAUUUCAAUUUAUUCUGCAAGUGCAUUGAAUAAUACAAUGAAUUUAUUUUUCUUGUUCUCAGUUUUUAAUUAAUUAGUAGUUGAAUUACUGUAUUUAUAUAGCUUUACGUGUAGCAAUUGUUCUUGGUUUGAUUUCUGCAGGUUUGCAAGUCGACUUGUAAAUUUGUUAUGGCAACGUUCAAGAAACCCAAACGAAAUUUGCGGAAGCGGGGCGAGUUGGGAUUUUCAGAUGAAAAUGACUCUGAGGAUAAAUCUAACAGUUCUGAUGGAUUCAGUUUUGUCAAAAAACCAGAUAAAAAAUUGAAAAAAGAACUUACAAAAACAUCAGUUCUUAGUUUUGGUGAGGAAUUGGAUGAAGGUGACGAUGGAGAGAUUUUCCAGGUUAAAAAAUCCUCUCACAGUAAAAAAAUCAGAAAACAGCUUGAUAAAGAGAAGAAAAAGAAAAAAGAUGCCAAAUCCGAUGACUCGAAAGACAAUAAAACAAACGUCAAGGAAAUAUUGGUAGACGAUGAAAUAACAAUAAAAAUAAAGAAUCCUAUCAAUGUACCCAAAGUAUUGAAUGGUCGGGAAGCUCUAGCAACUUUGAGUGAAAGCUCAGAUGAGGAAGAGGGAGCUACGAAACAUGGUACAAUGAGGCACAAAUUCUCUCAUUCGGAUCAAAUGAAGCAACUUUUAAGACGAGGCUGUAUCCCAGACGCUGCUAUGAUUCACGCGGUCAGAAAAAGGAGACAGGAAGCUCGAGAAUUGGGAGUCGAGUAUAUUCCCCUUAACGAGAAUAAUGGACAAGAGAAAGAGAGUAAAACAGACAUGAUGAAUGCGAACUCUCGACUAGUGCGAGAGGAUGACGAAGGUAGUGAUGACGAGGAGAAAAUCAUCAAAAUGUCGGUGCAUUCAGCGGUGGCUGACAAAGAGAGACGAAGAGAAGCAUUCGCCGCAGCGCAGGACGAUCAAUAUGAGCAAGGUCAUGAUGAUGUUGACAAAGAUGAUGAAUGGGAAAAGCAACAGAUAAGGAAGGGUGUCACAGGAGCACAGUUGGUUGCUGUACAACAGGAGAAUUUCUAUUACCAGCAGUUUAUGAUGCAACAAACGUCAGCACCGUCGUCAAUAUCCAAUAUGGCGGCUGCGCAACCGGAAAUCCCCCCCACCACCAUCACCACCACCUCCUUUCCCACUCACCCCCCUACCGAUGCCAACACUGCCAUUGAUCCUCCCUCUGUUGUCAAGAAAAUGAAAGACAGAUUGGCGGAUAUGAAAGAGGUGCACCGGCGACACUACCUCGACUGUGACUCGAUGCGCAGAGAGAUGGAAGCACUGAGCUUGGAGCGAGAGCGCCUGCGCGAGGAUGGCCCGAGGCUGGCGGACAAGUUCCGCUUUUACCAAGAUUUGCGUGGGUAUGUCACAGACUUGGUAGAGUGUCUUGAUGAGAAGGUUGUGAUUUUGCUGGCUUUGGAACAGCGUCUGCUGUCUAUAUACAAAAAGCGAUGCACUGAUCUAAUGGCGAGACGCCGUCAGGAUGUUAAGGACCAGGCUGAAGAACUUGCCACUUCUGCUUCUAAGCCUUCGAUGAGGGAUGAAGAGAGGGUGCGCCGGGCGGCAGAGAGAGAGGGAAGACGCAUCAGACGAAUGCGCCUGCGCGAACAGAAGGCAGUGACCAAUGGUGGCAAGCACAUGGAUGGCAUGUCCAGUGACGACGAGGUCACCGAAAUGGAAGCCGCUGCUUUCAGGACACAGAAAGAAACUGUGGAGCAAGAUGCUAAACAUGUGUUUGAAGAUGCUCUGGAUGAUUUUGCCACAGUUGGAGGAAUUUUAGAAAGGUUUGAAAGCUGGAAGGAAACUGAUUUAGAUGCUUACACCGAAGCUUAUGUCAAUCUAUGUUUACCGAAAGUUCUUGGGCCUUUGAUCAGGCUGAAUAUCUUGAUGUGGAACCCUUUAAGUCAGGCUGGCAAUGAUUUGGAAAGAACAGCUUGGUAUGUGAGCCUACUGAACUAUGGAAUAAAGAAUUCGGAAACAGAAGAUUCUCUGAAAUCUGAUCCCGACCUGCAAUUAAUACCUAGAGUAUUUGAAAAAAUUAUUGUACCGAAACUGAACCAGCUUGUAGAUGCCAGCUACGAUCCAAUAUCCACAUCUCAAUCGCUAUCACUUGUGCAAAUAGUAUCCAACCUGAUCCAGCUCUACCCGACACUGAGCGCCGAAAGCAAGAAUCUAAACACACUGCUGAACACAAUCGUGUUGAAACUGAGAAAUUCGAUUGAGAACGACGUGUUCAUUCCGAUCUUCCCGAAGCAGAUGAUGGAGGGGCGCAUGAACUACUUUUUCCAGCGCCAGUUCGCGAUGGCAGUGAAACUGCUGAGCAACAUUGUCAGGUGGCAGGGAAUCGUCAGCGAUGAGAUCAUUUUCGAACUGGCGCUCGAUUCGCUGCUCAAUCGCUAUCUGCUGCUGGCCAUUCGCAUCAGUGAGCCUUUCCAGGCUGCCGUCAAGUGUUAUAUGGUCAGUAGUGCUUUACCGAAAGUUUGGCUCCAACCGGAUAAUACACCUAAACAGUUGAAAUCUCUGAUAGAUCAGGCAAAUACGAUCUCCGAACAGUUGGAUCAAACAAGGCCACUAGCCAGAGACGCUGUAGACAAAUUGAGCUGCCUCCUGAGGUUAGUGACUUGAUCAAUGAACAUUGAAACCCCCUUUUAUUGUAAGUGACUUUUUAUUUUUAUACCAUCAAGGAACAAGUGUGGUGCAACGUUUCUGCGAUUACAUUCAUCAAAGUAGUGAGUUGUGUUUACAAAUAGUUUUGGAAUGGACUCUCUACCAUUGCUAUGAACUAUGUUAUAUGUUUAAAACAUCAUCAUUAUAGUUUAUUCUUAAACCAGGUAAAUGAAUGAAAAUCCUCAUUUCUCAUACUUAUAUGUUAAAUUCUAAUACUCAUGUUUACAAUAAAAUCGUUCAUUCUAUUCCAAUUCUAUUUUUAAAAUUGUAUUUUUGAAUUUUCAUUUAAUGCAGAAAAAGUAAUAUAUCUUCUUUUAGUGAAAGUAGAUGAUAAUAAUUAAUCACUGUAGAUUUGACAAUUAUUUUAUUUCAUCUGCCAGUUAUACUAUUCUAAAUCUCUUUAAAAUUUCAAAUGACUUUAUUCUAAAAUUGUUUACUUGUACCGAGUGAUAUUGAUUUUUUUUUGAAUUUGAUGUUAAUUUCCCGAUAUUUGGUUGGUUAUCUGCCAGUUAUACUAUAAUUCAAAAUCUCUUGAAAAUCUCAAAUGAAUUUAUUCUAAAAUUUUAAAUUUGUACCGAAUGAUAUUGAUUUUUAAAAAGUUGAUGUUAAUUUCCUGAUAUUCGGUUAGUUAUCUGCCAGUUAUACUAUAAUUCCAAAUCUCUAAUUCAAAUUUUAUUCUAAAAUUUUGAAUUUGUACCGAAUGAUAUUGAUUUUUUAAAUUUGAUGUUAAUUUCCUGAUAUUCGGUUAGUUAUCUGCCAGCUAUAAUAUUCAAAAUCUCUUAAAAAUCUCAAAUGAAUUUAUUCUAAAAUUCUAGCCGAAUGAUAUUGAUUUUUUAAAAGGUGAAGUUAAUUUGCUGAUAAUCUGUAAAAUAUUUCAAUUUUUUAUAUUCGUAUCUGAAAUUUUUAAUUAAUUUACAGUUAACGUUAGCUCAUAAUUGUUCUAUUUAAUGCUCUUAUCUGCUAAUUUAAAUUUCUAAGUUCAAGGGAAAAAUUAUAAUUAAAAUAACCAAUACACACGUAUUGCUUGAAUUUGUAAAUAGCGUAUUAAAUUUAUUCAUUGCUGAUUGAAUU